AGAAGGAGGUUAUAGCGGAGGAUGCUGUUUGCCACUAUCUAAUGAAAGACAAGAACUCGAGGGGAUAUCCUGAAAUGGACGGAGACCAGAGUAGCCAAGUCAGUGGCGGCAGGAAGCCUCGCCAAGAUCAGGACCUGCACUCCCUCAGCCUGCAGCCAAACAGUGUCAUGGCUGUAGACUCCAAGUCUACCACAGAUGACCUCUUCAGUGUCCUCCCCUCUGGUAGCAAACGGAUGUAUGUCUAUGAAUUAGUAGUACCAGUGGAAUAUUCUUCAGACCUGAAAGUCAUGAAGGAGCCUGAGAGUGAGAGCACCCCAACUGGUGAGGAUGGUGGUGAAGAUGAGUUGCCGAGGAGGGAGGGAGGUGGACUGGAGCAGGCCCAGGCCCCACACAUCCAGCCCUCUGAGUUCUCCAUGGAGCCCCAGAGUUCUCCAGGGGAGGGAGGGAGUCCACUGGAGGGCAGCACAGACAGGCCUGUGGCAGGCCAGCAGUUCCCUGUCCGCACCUAUAUCUGCUCUCUGUGUGGAACCUUCUGUCCUGACACUCUGUUCUUAGAGGAACACGUCAGAAUGAUACACCCCGACUCUGCUGGUGCCCCAGGACACAUGGGAGAAGUUUUCCUUCAAUCAAGCAAGUCUUCAGCCAAUGACAUUACGUUUUUAGUUUUGCCACAUAUGCCGCCCCAGACCAACCAUGUCGACUGUGCUUCAUUGAAAGGGCCAAGAGGAAUAAAGCGAAAGAGGACCAUUGGGCCUAAUGCUCAAGGGAAUUCAUUAGACCUACUGGAGCAAAUUGCCUCCCCAAACACCAGCUCCGACUGCCACGCUCCGACAGCAACUCCUGCCCCCUCCACACCAAAGAUUUUUAAAGAAAUUUGCAGCAUACUCCAUCUGUCAUCGGGUGGGAAAAAGAAAAGAAUUAAAGUCACAGUGGAUGAACUGGGUCGCAGGGUAGGUUCUCCGGAAUACAUGUCAUUUUCGUCCAUAGCGACAUACUUAAGGACAGAUAAUAACGCAAGGAAAGAACUGCAAGUCCAGCUGGAGGAUGCUGGGAUUAAGCCCACCCAGGUUACAGCCAAGGUGUCCCUGUUUUCUCGGCUUUGUGAAGAAGAGGUAGAUGCAUUAUGUGAGAGCCUUGCUGUCCUGGUGAGAGACCAUCUUCCCUUUGAAGGUCUCCAUGUCAUUCCUGAGGCAGAGGAUGAGAUGGUGACUCUGAGGAGUUUGUCUGAGUUCCGGUCCCAUCUAAGGAGAGCCACGGCAGCCAUCAAGGAAAGAGUUGAAGCUGUGGACCUGGCCUCCCAUGGAUUCAUGUCCAAAAUGCUGGACAUCAUGCUGUCCAUAUUCGAAAAAUGUUUGGACAACCAAAGCAGUACGUAUUGAAAAUGCAAAUUUUGGGGGAAAUAUAGUUUAUGAUUAGCGGACCCAAGUGGAAUUUGUUAGUUUUCAGUGGAGACCCAGAAUGAAAAUGUGUGGGAUUUACGUUUUUCUUUUUUUGCUUGUAAUGUGAAAGAUAAUAUAUAUAUUUUUUAAAUGUGCGAAUGAGUCAUUGCAAAUUCACUGUGGGCCUGGUAAUUAACUACCAAACCAAAACCAUGUGGUGUAACAUAGCAAUCUGAUGGAAAAACUUUACACUCCAAUGUUUUUUAACUGCCAUAGUCAUUGUUAUUACUGUAUUAUGCAGUAAAAUAAAAUAAAAAAUACCAAGGGUGUAAAAAUGCGAUGGUCAUUUUUUAAAAAAUUUUUUAUUAUUGUUUUUGGUAUGGCUGUGACAUGCAGAACGUGGAGUGACUAUAACCAAAAACAAAGUAGGAACUCUACCUCCUCUCUUCCCUCUCUUAGAGGCAGGACGUUGAUUUUUACUCGUUGAUUAUUACUCCCUUUAUGUAUCGUGUCUUGUUUACGUAUGCGUCUCGUCUGUUUUUCAGUUGGUGGCUUAAUUCAAGUCGCUAUAGCUGUUAAAGGGAAACUUAGACAAAUUUUUUUUGCAGAGGGUGAAGCCAAGCUAACCUUUUCAAGCCAAACUAACCCUAAACACAACAGUCACACAAUAACACAAACAAACUGCAAACAGUGCAGUGGUAAACCAGCAGCUCCCAUGUUCAGCAAGGUAAAAUUACCAUUUUGUCAGUGUAGUCUGGCUUUGAAGAGAGCAUAAGUUUUACAUGUUGUUCAGGUCCCUGUCAAAACGAGCUGUCUGUUUGGAAAGUACAAGGGUUUACCACGAUAUAUCAGUUUUAAGGUAUACUGUAAUAUGAAAAUUGAUGAUUAUCAUACUGUGUGCAUUCAUCUACGAUAUUGGGAAAAAAAUGCAACUGGAAGAAGAAUCUCAACUAUAUUUUAGUUAUUUUUUGGGAUGCAUGUCAUUGGUAUCAGCUGAUAUUGGCUUUAAAAUGAACUAUCAGAAUCUGCCCUUUUUUAAUUUUGCACAAUGAAUGAAUAUAUCAUACAUUAAAGAGUAUUGUGUUUCAUGUCUCCAUCUGCUGAUGGGCCAUCACGACAAGGGUAUGCAUGUAUAAUAUGUUAAUUCCACUACAGAAGUGAUUGAUGAUCACUAAACUUAGGUCGAGAAAAAGUGAAUAUAUCGAUAUCAGUGUUUGUUAUCAGCCAGAUGAGUUGUUAUUUAUCAGCAUAUCAGAUAUCAACAAAAAAUCCAUUAUUAUGCAUCCCUUGUCAUUUUCAAAAGGGAGACUUUUUACACAUACUUA